CUAUUGUACCGUUGUUGUACAUAAGAGCUAUGUUGUCAAGUUGACAACUUGCAAAUAGACUUCAAUUGACAUUAGGAUUUAAGGAAUAUAAAAAUUUCGCUGAAUAUUAACCACUGCAUUUCAUCUAAUAAUAGAUUCUUCGUUUUUGUCAAAAUAGGUAAUUUAUGGCGUACAUUUCCUGUGUUGAUAUUUAGCUUUCCUUUAAUAAUCAUGGCUUGGCGAAGUCAUGGGGUAAACAAUGCCGAUAUGAUUCGGAAUUUACGAGCCAAUGGCAUUAUAAAAUCUGAUACAGUUGCAAAUGCUAUGCUAUCUGUUGACCGGAAGAAUUAUUGUCCUUAUGCACCAUAUCAUGAUUCACCUCAAACUAUUGGAUACUCGGCAACAAUUAGUGCUCCACAUAUGCAUGCCCAUGCACUAGAAAGGCUAAAGAAACAACUGAUCCCAGGUGAAAAAGCAUUAGAUGUGGGAUCUGGAUCUGGAUACCUAACGGCUUGUAUGGCUAUAAUGGUUGGAGAAACAGGAAGAGUUGUUGGUAUAGAGCAUAUAUCUGAGUUAGUGGCAUUAGCUACUAAAAAUAUCCAAGCAGAUAACCCAGAACUACUUACUUCUGAAAGAAUUAAAUUGAUUGUUGGUGAUGGACGCCUAGGAUAUCCCUCAGAAGGACCCUACAAUGCUAUCCAUGUAGGAGCAGCGGCUCCUAUGUUGCCACAAGCACUAGUUGAUCAGCUGAAACCUGGCGGUAGACUUAUUGUACCAGUAGGGCCUGAGGGAGGAGAGCAGCAUUUAACCCAGGUUGACAAGGCAGCUGAUGGUACCACCACUGUAAAAAAACUAAUGAGUGUGAUCUAUGUACCCUUGACUGAUAAAGAUCAUCAAUAUCGUCAAAUGAAGACAUUAUUUAAUAUGUUUAGGUUUUUAAAAAAACCAUGACUAGUAGUAUCCAUAUUUAUUUUUGUAUAUUUGUUUUUAAAUUUAGCUGUUGAAUUAGGCUUGUGAAGAAUAAGGAGACAGACUGUUCUUUGCAGGGGUUUCAAAAUGUCAAAUUGUUUGAUUGCAAUAUGUUAUUCUGCUGAAAGAAAGAUCAUCAGUUUGUCUUACAUAGGUAUAUCAAUCUUGGAAUCUAAGAAAGAACACGUAUAAUGAGUUUAAAUUGUUAAAAACGACAACUGUAACUUUGUUUUAGGUCGUUGGCGUUGAUAUUAUUUCCCAGUGUGCCCAUUUUAUUAUUGAUCGUAAGUGUACCUAGUACCUACUCUGCACCUACUUACAAAGUAGAAAAAUAAAUACUAUAUCAUCCAAAAUAAAUUAUUGUAUUUUUAACAGCAUUACAUACAUUAUAUUCUAUGGUUUCAAAAUAAAUUAUUAUUUUACCAAUUUACCUAUUUUCUUUUAUUCGGAAAUUUUCUCCCCAUAAAUUUCUUUUUUCCAUAUUUCUCAUCUUUAUUGGCAUCUGCAGGACUAGGCUUCACAUGUAGUAUGGAAUAUAAAGUUGAUGCUUCAUUUUUGUUCUCGAUGAUAGCUUGCAGCUCAUCCUGUAAGAAACGU